AUUUGAAGAUUGAUUGAUUGAUAAAUACAAGGUCUAAAUGCGGUCGGAAUUUCAAAUUCACUUUUUUUUUCGCCAAUUAUAUAAAUUUUAAAAAAUUAAUUAAAAAUAUAUUUAAUCAGCCAUUUUAUUAAAUUCACGCGUUUGGACACCAGAAAAUCCGUGUUGCACUGUUUUUUCUAGUCAUAUCUUCUUCUUCAUAGAAAAAAAGGAGAGAGAAUCUAGAGAGAGAAAGUAGAGAGAUAGGGACAAAGAACCAGUUCUUGCGCCUUGCACUAAGGUUACCGAUCAAACUAGCUACAAGUGUUUAUCUUCGCAAAUUUAAGCGGGUGGUGUAUAGAUUCUCAUCAUUUGUAUGCCUCAUUUUGGUUCUUGGUAUAUGUGUGAGAGUGAACUUCACUUAAUGGUUUUGGGGUUUUUGUGGGUUGAUAUUUGAAGUUGAAAAACUGUUGAACUUAUUUUGUUUGAAAGAAUUUAGGUUUUAGUUUGUGUUGAAUUUGAACUGAAAUGGGUGAUACAGAAAGGGGUAAUAUUGAUAUGAUGCAUAGAUUACAAAACCCUUUUGGGGCUUUAUCAAGAACAAAUAAUCAUCUUGAUGUAUCUCAAUUAAGUAUAUCCCAAAUCAGACCACCUUUACCUCAAAAUACCCAAAACCCACAAAAUUUUGGUACUGAAAAUGGUAAAAGGUCUGGUAUUCCACCAUCACAUCCUGCUAUGCCACCACUUUCACCUUAUUCACAAAUUCCAGUGACUAGACCUGGUGUUCAUCACUCAGGUUCCCAGAAUUAUACUCGUGGACCGACCCAUUCGAGAUCAUUGUCUCAACCAUCAUUCUUUAUGAAUGAUUCAUUGCCCCCUUUGAGUCCUUCACCUUACCAAAACUCUACUUCCCCUACAAAUGCUCAUGAACAUACCAAUUCGUCCAAUGGUUCGUUGGAGAAUCGUGAUGGUAAUGGGAAUUUAUUGUUGCCUCCGGGUUCUUUUGGUAGAAGUAGUUCGUUGCAUAUUUCUGAGGGUCUCCCCCCUCGGAAAUUGCAUAGGCGGUCUAUAAGUGAUAUACCGUUUGGGUUUGAUAAUGUAUUUCAUUCAUCACCGCCACCAACACCGAUGAUUCCUCCUAGUCCUAGAGAUCAUAAUGGGUUGGAGAGGAGUUUGUCUGGUGGAGAGUUUCCGAGGUCUACAAAACCAGCUCAGUUAGUUAAGAAGGAGUCAAGUUGGGAUAGGAAUCGUGAUGGUAAUAUCGAAGGUGAAGUGGUGGAUGACUUCCUUUCGGCAUAUAUGAAUCUUGAUAGCCUCGAUGCCAUGAAUUCUUCUGGGACCGAUGAGAGGAAUGGUAACGAGAAUAAGGAUGAUAUGGAUAGCCGUGCUAGUGGGUCGAAGACGAAUGGAUGUGAAAGUAGUGAUACCGAAGCUGAAAGCAGCGUGAAUGAAAGUGGUACUGGACGGAAAAGGGGUGCAGCAGGUGAAGCUGCACCAACUACAAGACACUACAGAAGUAUUUCCAUGGACAGUUUCAUGGGGAGUAUGAAUUUCGGUGAUGAAUCUCUGAAGUUACCUCCUUCCCCAAGUACCGGCGUGGCUCAACUUUCCCUUAAGGAUCCGGCUAAUGGAGAUUCUAAUGCCUUCAAUUUGGAAUUUGGUAAUGGAGAAUUUACCGGUGCAGAACUGAAGAAGAUUAUGGCUAAUGAGAAGUUAGCCGAGAUUGCUCUUACCGACCCUAAACGUGCAAAAAGGAUUUUGGCAAAUCGACAGUCAGCUGCUCGCUCAAAAGAACGGAAGAUGAGAUAUAUUUCAGAAUUGGAACACAAGGUUCAGACUUUACAAAACGAAGCCACAACUUUGUCUGCACAGCUUACAUUAUUGCAGAGAGAUUCUACUGGACUUACCAAUCAAAACAACGAGCUAAAGUUCCGUCUACAAUCCAUGGAGCAACAAGCCCAGCUACGUGACGCUUUGAAUGAAGCUUUAACAGCAGAAAUCCAACGCUUAAAGAUGGCAACAGGUGAGAUCAAUGCUGAGUCCAUGUCCAAGUGUUUUGGACAGCAGCUUUUUGUUAAUCCUCAAAUGUACCAGCAGCAACAACAGCCUCAAUCUGGCCCCACCAAUCCCAGUAAGUUGCAACAGCCUAUUGCACAGCAGGAACAACCAACGGCACAGGACUCGAACAGUACGAGCAUAAAGAGUGAAUCAAAACAAUAAUGGCUUGAAAAAUCGAGAUAAGACUAUCCCUGUUCUUCACUAGCUAUCCUUUUGUUGAAUUUGGUUGGAUUAUUGAUCUCUAGUAUGCUCUUUUUGUAUGUUGUUUUUUUAUUUGCAUAUCGACAGAGAAAGAAACUUGGAAGUAAAUUAGCCUUAAAUUCGUUUUGCAUAGAAUUACCGAAUCAUACAUUCUAUUACUCAAAUUAGGUACAUGUAACAUGUAUGGUAAACCCGAAAAUUCGUUUAGACAUAUCUAGUAAUACAACUAUUUUGUACAAUAGAGAUACUGCUGCGUGUUUAAAUGUCUAGGUUCCGUUGUUAUGCUGUUAUUCUGUCCUUGCUGUUAAGGCGAAGAUUAUUUUGUUAAUGAAAUUGGGCCUAAACUGUGGUCGUUAUCA